AAUGUUUUUUAAAUAUUUUAACCAGAUAAUUAUAUAAUGCAAUGCAAUGAUGGUGAGAACAUAUUUUUCCCUAAAAUGUUGUAAAUGUAAUUGUUCUGCCAACUGUAAAAGUGGAAUCAUGUGCAAUACCUAUAUUCUUUACAAAAAUUGAUAUUUAAAAAAACUUUGUAAUUUGUGAAUAUUUUAUAUUGGUGACAAUAAAAAAAAAAAGAAGUAUACUAUUAAAGUUUGAAUAGGUAAAUGCAUCCAGUUGAGUUCAUAAAUGUAACAUGUGUGAGAGGAGAGUGGGCAGUGGCCUGUUUAGAGCUAUGUGGAAGGACACGACUGAGUUUUUACCUGGACCAGGGCCUGUAUUCACAAAGAAUCUCAGCGUAGGAGUGCUGAUAUAUAAUCAGUUUAGCCUCUCAGAUCGUAAUGAAUCAUAUUGGACUAGAUGACUGAUAGGGGGCGCUGUGUUGAAGCCACCAUGCCUCCAUCUUGGCACACAUUUCUGAAGCUAUAGAAAUGCAUUUAUUGUCUAUAAUCGUUUUUGCCACAUGUAUUAUAUUAUAGACACAUUAAUGCAUACCUUUAAAUUAUAUUUGAGCCACAAAUAAAACAUUAAAACAUUUUCCUUAAAGUAUUUUUUUUUUAGGUUACUAAUGUUGCUGUCCCUACUUCAACAACAUAACAAUACUUAAUUUUGUCCUCAACAUUUUUUAUUUAAAUAUUGUAGAACUCUCGAUGGCCAAUACAUAGCAUCAGCAAUCCAGGGUUUAUUUUCAUCAUUGGUUCUAACCUAAAGCAGAGGACAGGCAAGACAGGAGCUUCAACUGAAACAGACCAAUGUAGAAAUAAUACACUGCUGUAUAUGCAAUAUGAGUUCAGUGAAUAUAGUUUUAAAUUCCCUGAAACGAUAUCUACAAUAAUUCCUCUAAAAUUGCACAUGACCUACAUGAUCACACCUUCAUAGCUAGAUAUCCAAUCCCAGCUCUGACUUCAGCUCCACCUCCUACAGAGUCAGGAUCUUAUUUAACUAUGCUAGGAUCCAUUUUGAGGAAAUGAACAUGAUCAAAACAUUUGAGUGGACUGGUUAAACUCUGCUUCACUGGGUCAAGUUCUAAUCCUGGAUUCCCCUGGUCUGCCCCUGAGGAGGGGGCCACUGACUCUGAAAUGAGUCUCCCUGAACCUAACAUUCAAACAGAUGCUAGGAGCAGCCCACUACGUCAGGAGAGACCAGGGUCUCCUGUACCUGGCUGUGUAUUUAUGAAGAGUGAUGGGUCAAUGGGACACCUAAUCAACGUGAGAGAGGCUGCCCUCUCAACUGUUCAAAGGGUUUGUCAGGAGAGACCAAACUCACCUGUGCCCAGCUGUGUGUCUCUAUGAAGAGUGAUGGGUCCAUGGGACAGCCAAUCAACUUCAGAGAGGAUACCGUCUCUACAGAACAAAGGUAAAGCAUCUAGUGGUGUCUUAUUACUUUUCUUUUUGGGGGCUGGGGGUGGAGUGCGAUUUGACUACAUUGAUCAUUUUCUCUCCCUACUUUCAAUGAUUUACUCAGUGUUGGGGUCGUUACUGUUAGGGUUUGUUCCUUACGUCCUUCUUUGUCAAUCAUUGGUUCAUUGGGGAAAUUAGCAUUAUGACAGUAUCUUUAAUUAAAUCAUUCAAAAAUCUUUAUUAAUGCAAUUGCAGACAGAAGUUGACAAACAGGAACAUAGCAUGCAUGUUUCUGAGUAAGUUCUGCAUCAAUCAAAAGGUCUCAAGUUGUUUUAUUAAACCGAAGUCCCGCCUUAGUGAUGUCACUGACUAUGUCAUUACCUUUUUACUCCUGAGACCAAAACCCUGCAUCCAAAGCUAUACAAACAUAGAGUUUCAGUGUUUAUCUAAAAGCUAGACAAUAAAUGUCCCCUCCCCAAAGUAGAUUUAUUGUGGAAUGUCUGAGUAGUCUCUUAUCUCCCACACUCCCCUGCAGAGUUCUGUCUCAGUCACACAUUAUAAUAGAGAGAAAGAGCAAACAAUUGUGGAACAAUUCUAAAACUAUAUAAUGAAUAUAUAUAUUAAUCUGUAGUCUAGGACCCUAUAAAUGUAAGGAUGGAGGGGUCUUAUAACCCCUCCCCUUCUAUUAAUAUAACAUAAGCAUAAUCAAUUAUUCUAAUACAUCAAACAUUUGUACAGCCCCAAAUCAUGACCCCCUAGGUGAAUCCUGACAUUUCCCCCUUUGAGACUAAUUAGUCUCACAGCUUCAAUCAUAAUAUUCUCCUCUGAAAUCAAAUAGAUUAGGCAAAUCCCCCGGAUCCAUUUGAUCCCAGGGAUGGCCUUCUAAAGAGUGAAACAACUCCUGGGGUUCCUGGAAUGCUGUUGGGGGUGAAUCUGGCUAUACUCCCAUUCCUCUUGUGUCCUGGGAAGAACCACAGAGUUAAAUAAACAAUGGGGUUAAGAGAAAUUAGAAAUGCACCAGUAUCACCAGUAGCACCAGUAUUCAGCACUAUUUGUAUCAGAUUCCACCAACACCAUCAUUCCAGCAUGUUAAGGAGCAGUUAGUCAUUUUCUUACAAAUAUAAACAGUAACCAAAAUCACCAAACCUCCCACUAGUAUAGGAAUAAACAGAGUCAACCUAACUUUUCCCAUCACAUUUACAAAUUUAGCAUUAAACCAGUCACCAAUUUGGUCAAAAACAGAUUUUUCAGAUUUUGAGAGUUUUACUAAGAUCAGCAAUCUUAUCAAUAAUUGCAGUCAUAUUCUCAGAGGAGUCGGGGAGGAGCAUAACACAAUUUUCAGGAUCAAUAAUACCUAGUAUGUUACAGUGUCCUCCUUCCUUCGCCAAAAGAUCAUCUAAAGCCAACUCAUGGCGGCUGAUGACUGCUUUCAGAUUUUGGACAUCUAAUGAGAGUUGGCUAAAUCCUUGGAUUGUUAUAUUCAUAUGGGCCUAUAAAGAAUAGGUUAAAUUGUUUACCCACUUUCCUAGGACAGCCACACCCCAGGAGGGUAUGAUUGACAUACCAUAAAUCUCACCCGGGUGUAGGACAUGACCAUAGGCUUCCUGAUUGUCUGGGAUGAAUCGUUUGGCACGCUGCAGUACCCCAGAGUUGGUUUGACCUGUUUCAUUGAAAGGAUCGGUGACUGGCAUUCUUUAACAUGUACAUUUCUGUUCUACUCAAAUAACAACAUCCCCCCCCAUCCGGGAGGUAAAGUGAGAUACACCUUAUCACUGCAUACUCACAUUCAUUCAAAAAGUGCUCCCAUGCCUUCCUCUAUCCUGGAAAGGUUUACACAUGUCACCUGUUACUGAAGUCUAACACACUAAAAUCCCCUUUAUCAUAGGAGAAACUAUCACUAUACUCUUCUUUCAGUUGACCCAUAUAUUCAUGACAAGCUCUAGUAUCUCUCAUAUCUUCCCUCUACCACAUUAGGUAAGUUUGCUCCCUUCUUGUGACCACCCCAACAUACAUGUGUCCCAUAAUCCCCAAAUGUUCAACAGUCUUUCUAGCCAAGCACUUUAUUAUACAUAAGUCAAAAGCAAAACACAGUAGUCCUACCAGGAGCGGAACAAUCAUGGCAGACCUGGACAUUAUUACCUUAUCAAUCACGUUUCCAAAUACACCAUUAAACCAGUGUCCAAUUUGGUUAAAGAUGGUGUUGUCAGCUUUUCCCAGAGUACCUCCUAAUUUAGCCAGGUCAUUAAUAAUAGCUGUCAUGUUGUCAGAGGAGUCAGGAAGCAACAUGACACAGUAAUCCUAAUCGUUUAUUCCAAGGGACCUGUAGGCCCCUCUGUCUUUAGCCAAUAUGUGCCAUUUCGUCUCUGGUCACUACUGCCUUCGAAUUCUGCACAUUUAGUGACAACUGAGUAAAACCCUGUUUUAUCAAAUUAGUAAGGACCUGCAUGGAGUAUGUCAAAUUAUUACUCCAUUUACCCAUUGCUACAACUUCCCAUGCUGCUUCCUUCCCCCUUUGACCAACAUCAGAAUAGUAUAAUUGCUUUUUCUUUGUCAAGCCCUAGUUUUGUUCCUUUUCAUAAAAUGGGGUAAUGUACAUCCAAGAUCAUUCUUUCCAAUUGGUACUGCCUGGGUUCCCCACAGAAAUGCUGUGGAGGUGGGUUUCUGGAAAAUCAUUACCCAUGUGCCAGAUGUGUUCCCCAUCCGCUGUAAUCCUAUGUAUGUCACUGUUUUCACCCAUUUAUUAUUCUCCACAUCCCCGUCCACAAAGGGAACGGGUAGAUUUGGAGAGAAACAAAUACCCUGCAUGUGUUUUUCCAUGGUUGCGAUUUUCUUGUUUCACAACCAUAGUGUGUGCAUGAUGGUUUCCUCGACAUCUGAUGACUCUUCAGGUUCUGUAGCUGAACCCUCUGUUGGUUCUUCUGGCCUUUGGUCUGGGCCCUCUGCUCCUGUCCUUUGACUCUGACCUUUUUCCUCCUUCAGAUGUUCUCUGGGCCCUGCUCUCCCUCCCUCCAGUUGCUCUUCCAUGACUCCCACUAUGGGAGAUAUUAUGCCAGCCGGACCUCUCCUCUACCCGUAGGGCUGUUGGUGUUAUCAUGGUUACCUGGAACAGACCCAUCUAUCAUGGUUGGUUUCAUUUUCGCUUUUGGACCCUGAGUUUCACCCCUUCUCCAACGUUUAUGGGUAGCUCGUCAGGGUCUUCACCUGGGAUUGGUUCUGCUGCUUUCCUAGUGUGAGUGGAGAAAACGUACAACAGAAGUUAGUGUGACCAUCUUGAGUACAUAAAGAAACUAUCUCAGUUGUGUCUAUCUGUCGGUCAGUUAUAGGUCUCACCCCUGGGGUGUUCAUUGGUCGUCUUGUUAACAUUUCAUAAGGUGUACACCCAAUACCUUUGUUCAGCUGCUGCGCAUUUUCAUGAGGACAAGAGCUAAUCCCUCUACCCAUGUUAUUCCUGUGGAAUGGCAUAGUUUGACAAGGGAGCAUUUCAUGUUCUUAUUAGCCCUCAGUAACUCUCGUUACUCCGCGGUUGAUAGAUGUACACAAACUUCUGGUCAACACCCAUCAUUUUGGCCAUUUGGGUAACCACAUCUCCUAUGAGAUGGGUCCCAUUGUCUGCAGACAAACCUCAGGUAUUCCGAACCUGAGUAUAAUUUUCCUAACUAGCAAUUUUGCAACUGUUCGCGCAAUGCAGUUGGAUGGUUUUACCCACCUGGUAAACCUAUCAAUUAUCUCCAGGCAGUAUCUCUUUCUUUUCGCUCUAUCAUGUCUAUAAAAUCCAUAGCUAUGUUGACAAAAGAUCCUUUUGGAGUGGGGAACUUCCCUGGUUGCAGUGAAGUUCCCUUGUCUAUAUUAUAUAACAAACAUGUAGGACAACGAUAAAUGAACUGCUUUACGUACUGAUUCCAAUUCAAAUUUUCAAACAUUCUCCUCCAGCUGUGUGUCUUUGAAGAGUGAUGGGUCCAUGGGACAACCAAUCAACUUCAGAGAAGGAGACAGUUGCUUGAGCAACAUAUCAUCAGUUUUGUGAAAAGUGAGCUGAAGAGGUAGAAGAGGCUUCUGACUCCAGAUUACCCAGAAAGCUUUGACAGUCAGGAGGAAGAUCAGGAAGUGGUGGAUGCUGAACAUCAGGAGAGCAGUGCCAGAGCGGAGACUCUGAAUAUCACACUGCACAUCCUGAGGAACAUGAACCAGAAGGAACUUGCUGAUACACUUGAGAAAUACGAGCGUCAUGAUAGGUGCCAACAUAAGCUCAAAUUCAACCUGAGAAAAAAGUGUGAGCGUGUCGUUGAAGGAAUUGCUAAGCAGGGGAAUCCUACAAUCUAAAAUAGGAUCUACACAGAGCUCUACAUCACAGAGGGCGGAAGUGGAGAAGUCAACCAAGAACAUGCGGUGAGAUGGAUUGAGACAGCAUCCAGGAGACCAGUAGAGCAAGAGAUGCAACGACAUCUUCAAAAACUUACCUGGACAAGACAAACCUAUCAGAUCUGUGCUGACAAAGGGAGUCGCUGGCACUGGAAAAACAAAUCAGCAAAUCAGGACACCCACUUCAUAUUUCCUCUUACUUUCCGGGAGCUGAAUUUGAUGAAGGAAGAAAAACACAGUUUGAUGGACCUCGUCAAUAAUCUUUUCAUGGAGACAAAAGAAUCAGGAAUGUCCAUCUCUGACAAGUACAAUGCUUUGUUUGUCUUGGACGGUUUGGAUGAGUGGCGACUCCCUCUAGACUUCCAGAACAAUGAGAGCUGUUUUGAUGUCACAGAGUCAACCUCAGUGGACGUGCUUCUAACAAACCUCAUCAAGGGGAAUCUGCUUCCGUCUGCUCUCUUCUGGAUAACCUCCCGACCAGCGGCAGCCAAUCAGAUCCCUCCUGAGUAUGUGGACCAGGUGACAGAGGUACGAGGGUUCAAUGACCCACAGAAGGAGGAGUACUUCAGGAAAAGAAUCACCGAUGUGACCCUGGCCAACAAAAUCAUCACACACUUGAAGUCAUCAAAGAGCCUCCACAUCAUGUGCCACAUACCAGUGUUCUGUUGCAUUUCAGCCACUGUUCUACAAAGAUUGUUGGCUGCGGCAGAGAGGGGAGAAAUCCCCAAAACUCUGUCAAAAAUGUACAUGCACUUCAUAAUGUUCCAGAUGAAACAGAAGAAUCUGAAAUAUCAUGGCGGCAAUGUCAUUGAUCCCCACUGGGAUAAAGAGAUAAUUCUGUCACUGGGAAAACUGGCAUAUGAGCAGCUGGAAACAGGCAACCUGAUCUUCUAUGAAGAGGACCUGACAGAGUGUGGCAUUGAUGUCAGAGAGGCAUCUGUGUAUUCUGGAGUGUGCACUGAGGUCUUCAGGGAGGAGUUUGGGCUGCAUCAAGGGAAGGUUUAUUGCUUUGUGCAUCUGAGCAUCCAGGAAUGUCUUGCUGCUUUUUAUAGGUUUCUCUCUUUCAACGAUGACUUCAACACAACAAAAAACAAUCAGCAGUCCAUCCCCAAGAAUCUGAAGAGGCGAGUCAAAAUAAUGCCUGCAAUUCACUUGUAUCAGGAUGCAGUGGAUAAGACACUACAGAGUGAGAAUGGCCACCUGGAUCUUUUCCUCCGCUUCCUUCUUGGCCUCUCACUGCCAUCAAAUCAGACUGUCUUUCGAGGCCUACUAAAAUGGACAGGAGGUCGCUCAAAGAUUGACAUGGAAACAGUUGAGGUCAACAAGAAAACAAUUGAUUACAUCAAGGAGAAGAUCUGAGAGAAUGCCUCUUCAGAGAAGUGCAUCAAUCUGUUUCACUGUCUAAAUGAGAUGAAUGACCCAACCCUAGUGCAGGAGAUUAAGAGCUACCUGAGCUCAGGAAAUGUCUCAGGAGCCAAACUUUCACCUGCACACUGGUCAGCUCUGGCCUUUGUGUUGCUGUAUUCAGCAGAGGAGCUGGAUGUAUUUGACUUGAAGCAAUUUAGUGGAUCAGAUGAGGCUCUUCUGAGGCUGCUGCCAGUGGUUAAGGCAUCCAAAACAGCUCUGUAAGUACUGUCCCUGUGUAAUGCAAGCAGACAUAAGCCAGUCAUGCUCCUUCAUUCAAAUGAAUCCUGUCUACCAACAUUUCCCAGUUUCAUGAGAUAGCAAAGCUAGUGGGGAUGAAUGACUUAAACAAGUUAGGAGUUUUUUUCACUGGACACUUUUGCCAUGGAGGAAUCAAAUUAGUGUGGCAAUGUAUUGAGUGUAAAGAGUGAAGAGAUUUUCUCUCUGCAGCCUGUCAGUCUGUGGAGUCACAGAGGAAGGCUGUGCUUCUCUGGGCUCAGCUCUGAGAUCAAACCCCUCUCACCUGAGAGAGCUGGAUCUGAGCUACAAUAACCCAGGAGACUCAGGAGUGAAGCUGCUCUCUACAAUUUGUAAGUCGCUCUGGAUAAGAGCGUCUGCUAAAUGACUUAAAUGUAAAUGUACUGUCCUAGAGAAUCCAAGUUGUAAACUGGAGACAUUAAGGUGGGGUCAUUUCUCUGUUUUAUAUAUAUAUAUAUAUAUAUAUAUAUAUAUAUAUAUAUAUAUAUAUAUAUAUAUAUAUUUGUGUGUGUGUGUGUAUAUAUACAGUGGGGAGAACAAGUAUUUGAUACACUGCUGAUUUUGCAGGUUUUCCUACUUACAAAGCAUGUAGAGGUCUGUAAUUUUUUAUCAUAGGUACACUUCAACUGUGAGAGAUGGAAUUUAAAACAAAAAUCCAGAAAAUCACAUUGUAUGAUUUUUAAGUAAUUAAUUUGCAUUUUAUUGCAUGACAUAAGUAUUUGAUCACCUACCAACCAGUAAGAAUUCCGGCUCUCACAGAGCUGUUAGUUUUUCUUUAAGAAGCCCUCCUGUUCUCCACUCAUUACCUGUAUUGUUCAAACUGCACCUGUUUGAACUCGUUACCUGUAUAAAAGACACCUGUCCACACACUCAAUCAAACAGACUCCAACCUCUCCACAAUGGCCAAGACCAGAGAGCUGUGUAAGGACAUCAGGGAUAAAAUUGUAGACCUGCACAAGGCUGGGAUGGGCUACAGGACAAUAGGCAAGCAGCUUGGUGAGAAGGCAACAACUGUUGCCGCAAUUAUUAGAAAAUGGAAGAAGUUCAAGAUGACGGUGAAUCACCCUCGGUCUGGGGCUCCAUGCAAGAUCUCACCUCUUGGGGCAUCAAUGAUCAUGAGGAAGGUGAGGGAUCAGCCCAGAACUACACGGCAGGACCUGGUCAAUGACCUGAAGAGAGCUGGGACCACAGUCUCAAAGAAAACCAUUAGUAACACACUACGCCGUCAUGGAUUAAAAUCCUGCAGCGCACGCAAGGUCCCCCUGCUCAAGCCAGCGCAUGUCCAGGCCCGUCUGAAGUUUGCCAAUGACCAUCUGGAUGAUCCAGAGGAGGAAUGGGAGAAGGUCAUGUGGUCUGAUGAGACAAAAAUAGAGCUUUUUGGUCCAAACUCCACUCGCUGUGUUUGGAGGAAGAAGGAUGAGUACAACCCCAAGAACACCAUCCCAACCCUCUCUGCUCUACUGGAUGAUCCACGCUGUAAACUGGCAACGCUAAAACUAUCAGACUGGUCUUACAGAGGAAGGAUCUACAUCUUUGACUUCAGCUCUGAGGUCAAACCCCUCCCACCUGAGAGAGCUGGACCUCAGCCAGAAUAUACCAAUAGACUCAGGAGUGAAGCUGCUCUCUGCUGUACUAGAGGAUCCUCGCUGCAAACUGGAGAAAUUAAGCUUGUUUAACUGUGGAAUUAAGGAGGAAGGUUGUGUUGCUUUGGCUUCAGCUCUGAAGUCAAACCCCUCACACCUGAGAGAGCUGGACCUCAGCUGCAAUAACCCAGGAGUCUCAGGAGUGAAGCUGCUCUCUGCUGUACUGAAGCAUCCACUCUGUCAGCUGGAGAUACUGAAGUGAAUAUUAUCAACUAAACAUCAAUAAUGUUCAUCUGUUUAUUGAAGUGCUAUUGCCAACUGUUGAACUUUCACAGAAAUACAACUGUAUAACUAUAUCAAGCUUUUCUGUAUACAUCAGCUUGUUAUCAAUAUGAACAUAGUCUGAUCAUGUUGUGAGUCAUGCAGUAUCUUUUGUACAGCAGAUGAAUCACUAAUCUACAUUCAUUACCUCACUAAAGAUAAUACAUACAUUAUCUGAGUCACUGAAUAUCAUGCCUUGUGAGUUUUAAAUAAGAUACUUACAGUAGUAAGUUGUAUCUCUAGAAAUGUACUGUCGCAACUAAACAUGAAUCUACUUAAUGGUGUUUCACACACAGCCGCCCUUACGAAAAAAGAUUGCAGUAUAACUGCAGUAUGCUGCAAAUACUGCAUCCAAAAUACGUUAUUUUUUUACUGCAGUAGCUGUGCAGUGUAACUGCACUGUUACUGCACUUUUACUGCAGUUUCAAAACUACAAUCUUUUUUGUAAGGGCCAUAUCAGGCUGUUAUGUAUGCAUCAGCCUGUUAUCAACAGUUUGGUUAUGAACAUUAGUCACAAUCAGUCAUGCUUUGUGUUCUAAAUUAGAUGGUUCUGCACAUCUCUACGAAUGUAAAACAACCUGGUGUUUUGACAUAAGCAAUGCGUAAUAAUAUGCAUCAUAUUUUCUGCAUACUCUGACUAUUCUCCACCCAUGCUAAACAAAUCUCCAACUGCAUAGAGUUGUGAUAGUGAGGUGCUUCUCUCUUUCUCUGUGCAAUCAGAGGAAGGCUUUGCUUCUCUGGCUUCAGCUGUGAAAUCAACCCCCUCACGCAUGUGGCUGCUGGAUCUGAAUGGGAAUGAUCCAGGAGACUCAGGAGUCAUUGUUCUCAGCUGUACUGAAGGAUCCACAAUGAACACUGCCCAAACUGAUGUAAUGAAUUAAUCAACCACAACAAAAAAUCCAUUCAUUUUUGGGGUUACAAUAUAACAUACUUGGGCUCCAGCUCGCAGAAGCCAUCUCCCAUUGCUGUAGUGUGAGGCAGUUUGAUGUACAAGUACACCCCCCGGACAGGGCGCUAGUCUAUUGCAGGGCCUUACCCCCAAUUUAUCUCCUUAAUGCCGAGUGCCAAGCCUCCGAUCUCAGGGUGGACGCUAACCAGCUGUUUACAAAUACAUACAAUCCUUAAUGUAUAAAAUAUUCCAUUUUAAGAUAUAAGGAUUCAAGAACCCUCAACAUGACAUUUUCCUCCAACAAAAUUAUGAAAUACAAUAUUUAAGUGUCAAUUGGCUCAGUAUGUUGGAAAAGGGUCGACUUUUUUGCAGUUAAAUCAUUUUCAAAUCACUCAACCCCCAAAAAUGUAUUAAUCAAUAACUAGCCUAGUAGAAAAGGCAUGUCAAAGACCAUUUCUGUUUCUCUGCAGUGACUGGCUUGGAAGAACCCCUUCGCUACAUCGACCCAGGAGCCUCAGCAGUGAUCAAAUGAACCUGUUGAAAUCGAUGGAAAUGACAUGACUGAAAUUCCCCUCUAGUUCAAAUAUACAUUUCUGAUGUAUCCAUUGUAAAACAUGUGAAAUGUUUAGGAUACUUGUGCAGAUACUUUGUUAAAAUGUAGAACUAUUAGGCCUACUUAUGUCCCUACAUCUUGUAUUUGAUUUUUUAAAAUUAAAUACAUCAAGUUCAACUAA